AUGGCGGAUACAACUAGAAUGGAAGAGUUCCUGAAAAGGCCUCUAUAUGUAUACGACCUCCCACCGGAACUCCUCGCGACUCUCACGACUAAAACCACGAACCCUAUUACCGAAGAGGAGCCAGAGAUAAACCCGGAAGAUGCUGAACUUGCAGCGCAGGACUCUGCGAUCGCAGCCUCUACCAUCUGCUCCCUUUGUCAGGUCUCCUACAACAAUGUACAGGAACAGCGCAGCCAUGUCCGGUCCGAUCACCACCGCUACAACAUCAAAGCCCAGCUGCGCGGCAACGCGCCUCUAGAGGAGAUUGAGUUUGCGAAAGCGAUUGGGGAGCUAGAUGAGUCUAUAUCGGGAUCAGAGUCUUCAGAGACCGAAGAAGAAGACGCAGAUACUGGUGCGAACACGACACUGUCAGCGCUUUUGAAGAAGCAGGCCAAGCUGUCCCACCCCGAAGAACAAAUAGAAACUGCUGUGACGAGCUCCCCGAAACAUCCUCUUUUUUGGCUGGGUAGUUCUGGUUUGCCGUCAAACAAGUCCUUGGGCGUUUACAGGGCUAUUUUCUCGAACGCCGAACAGGACGAGCCCGGCCAUCUUGUUGAGACACUACAGCGAAAACAGUUGGAACCCAUCAAGGCUCGUACAAAUAAUUCGAGUAAGGCGCCGGCUCCGUCCGCUUCUGGUCCUCACUUUUUCAUGUGCAUGAUUGGGGGCGGCCACUUCGCCGCUAUGCUGGUGUCAUUGGCACCGGAAAUCCACCGAAGACAAGGAGGUGUCGAAGACCGGCAAGCCCGGGUUAUUGCACACAAGACCUUCCACCGAUACACGACACGACGAAAGCAGGGUGGUUCGCAAUCCGCGAGUGAUGCCUCUCGGGGUGCUGCCCAUUCAGCAGGCUCCAGCCUGCGUCGCUACAACGAAGCUGCUCUUGAAAAAGACAUCCGGGACUUGCUGUCGGAUUGGCGCAAGGAGAUUGACAGCGCCGAGCUGUUGUUCGUCCGUGCGACAGGAAAGACGAACCGCAAGAUCCUUUUUGAUCAAUAUGAUGGAAAUGUCCUCAAGCAGAAAGACCCCAGGAUACGAGGAUUCCCCUUCAACACGCGCCGCGCGACCCAAGGAGAGCUCUUACGAUGCUUCAAAGAGCUCACUCGCGUGAAGGUCAGCGAAGUCGACGAAGCAGCAGUAGCAGCUGCGGAAGCCAAAAAGCGCGAGGAAGAAUCAAAACCAGCCACACCUCGCCCGCAACCGCAACCACAAAAACCCAAGAUUUCAAAGGAAGAAGAAGCCGCCCUGCUACAUACAUCUCAAAUUCAGGCCUUCAUCCGGCGUUCAAAGGUCCCCGCUCUUAUGUCCUACAUCACAAACAACUCCAUCCCUUCAACCUUCACCUUCACACCCGCCAGCCAACCCCAAAAUUUCCGCUGUCCAACACCUCUCCACCUAGCGGCAAACCUAAACACCCCGGUGGUCGUCACAGCCCUUCUCACAAAAGCCAACGCAGACCCAACAGCAACAAACAACGAAGGCAGAACUCCCUUCGAGCUAACAGGCGAUCGAGCAACGCGCGACGCCUUCCGCAUCGCCCGCCACGAUCUCGGCGAGUCAAAAUGGGACUGGGAUGCCGCGAAGGUACCCUCGGCAGUCUCAAAAGCCGAUGCAGACAGUCGCGCCGAAAAGGAACGGAAAGCAGCUGAUGAGGAGGAGUCAAAUAGGCGCAAAGCUGGUCUUGAUCGAUUGAAGCGCGAGGAUGCUGAGAGAGCUGCUGCUGAGCAUAAAGCUUCAUUACGGGGUGGAAGGACUCUUGGUGCUGUUGUUGAGAAGACUGCUGCUGAGAAGCGGGAUGAAGAGACUAGGGGUAUGACUCCUGAGAUGAAGAUGCGUCUGGAGAGAGAGCGCAGAGCUAGGGCUGCCGAAGAGCGGUUUAAGAGGAUGCAGGGGAAUUGA